AUGCCGGACCAUAGAGACGUUCCGGGAAAUUGUAAGACAGAUAAACUCACCAGAAAUGGUACAGUACAAGCCAUUCUACCACAUUUGGCUAUUGCUGAUAUACUAAUCGCUACAUGUAAACUAUUGCUAAUGCAAGACGCUUUGAGCAAGGAAAACAUCGAUCAAGAGCACAGUCAGUCAAACAUCAGCACUCGGAUAGAACUGAUGGAAUCGGUGCUUAAAUUUGCUUUAAUUGCUUCAGUAUUUUGCAGUAAAAGUUUUACUUUUGCGGUGAAAUUCGUCACCCGUCAUGAUCUGGAUUCUACGAUCUUCAUUAACGAACCAUUUUAUCAUCCGACAAAUCAUAGGCGAGCUUACAAUUUGCGCUAUGAACCUUCAGAUAAGUCACGUGAAAUAAGUUCAACUUCUAACACUUACCUUAAUGAAAUUGUAAAAGAUGAAACUCAAAACAUGGAUAGUGAUGCUGCUAAUAGCUACGAAAUAACAACCACCGAAGGAGAGACAUUAUUACCAGUCACAAAAUCGCCCAUAAUGGUGACAGAAGAGACGGCCUCUUCAGAAUCUUCUUCUAGUAUAAUGAGGCCUGAUACGGCAGCAGCGGCGACAACGACAGCCAAAGCUGCCCAGAUAAUCGGUGAAGGCUUAAGGAAUCUGCUCUAUGGAUCUGCCUCUGAUGCGACUAUUUUCCAAGCUCCCCGUAGUAAGGGAAAGGGAUUCUUGAGUUUAUUCGAAGUUUUCAAAUUCGAAAAUUCGAAAUGCUCGGUUUCGUUAAGUGACAUCCGGCUGUUGCACGGGAUAUGCUAUCACGAAUUCGAGUGCAAUAGUUUCGGUGGAACUGCUAUGGGAGCCUGUGCGAGUGGUGUUGGAGUUUGUUGUGUCUUUGUAAAGGGAUGUGGUGACACAACCGAUCAGCAGGUAGUUUACUUUGAAAGUCCUAAUUAUCCCACACCAGUGACGGAAGCUUUAAUUUGUGUUUUAAUUGUGAAUUUAAGACAAAAUGUUCGACAAUUGCGUUUGGAUUUUUCAAUGUUUGAGUUGAGUCGCCCCACUCAAGGAGAGUGUCUACAGGAUCAGUUUGUGGUAUCCGGACAGAAUGUUAACUUUAUAGUUCCAAUUAUUUGUGGUAUCAACACUGGCCAGCAUAUUUAUGUCGACGUUGAUAACGCAAUCGAGAACAGAGUGUACGUAUCAGUCUUCGCCAAAGGUAGCAGUCCCCGUUCUUUCAACAUAAAAAUUACUCAGUUAGAAAGAGAUUUUGCUCCAGACGAUUGUCUACAAUUCUAUACGGAGCCCGAAGGUUACAUAAAAUCUUUUAACUACGAUCAAUUUGGAACUAUUGUUGAAUCCGGAGAAGCAACAUAUCUUAACAAUUUAAACUAUGCUAUUUGCAUCAAGCGCGUCAAGCAAAUGUGCACGAUUUUGUAUCAGACAAAUUCAAAUGGUGAACCGAAUGAUUUCCAAAUAGUCAACAAGGAUGAUGAAGACAAUGACAUUAUUCCCAAAGACCAAGCUGGCGCUGGAGCCUUUGCUUGUCCCAACGAUUUCAUUAUACUCAAUCAAAUACGACUUUGUGGUGAACGAAUAAAUGAUGGCACUUUCGACGAAGACUUCACAAAAAAUGCAGAUGUUCGUGACUCAACAGGUGGACCAAUAAUUGCAUCCUUUCGCAGCGAUUCCGCAUAUGUUGGUCGAGGUUUCUUUAUAAUGUACAAACAAGAACUUUGUAUUUAA